GAGACUCCGAGUCAAUAUGGAACUCAUAACUCAGUAGACUUGGGAAGAGUUCUAUUUUCCUCCUCCUGCUGCAGUCUUUCUUAUCUGCAAAAAGAAAAAGAAAAAAAUCUUAAAUUUGAAAAUAAUCAUUCAUGGCGAUUCGUUUAGCAGCAAAUCCAAUCGGACUUAACAGAACCCGCCCAUUUUAUCAAGUACAGCCCACAUCAUCUCAAGCAACUCUACAGCGAAACAACUUUCUUCAUCUACAAUCUAAUACCACAAAUCACACUCGUGAACUUCGAAGAUUAGCUUGUCAGAAAAAUCCAAACCCUAAUCCAGUCGAAUCGGAAAAUCCAAUUGAUGAGCCGAAAUCAGUGGAGGAGAGUAAAGUCAGCGAAGCGACGAGCUCGCAAGCUGAAAAUUCAGGUUCUGUUGAAUUUCCAAAUAAGGGGAUUAAUAGACGGAUAGCUGCAGUGACUAGUGUUGCAGCACUGGGAUUUUUUGUAUCAGGAAGACUAGAUGUUGGUGGUGCUGGCACCUUAAAGGACCUUUCAAAGGCUGCCAUACCUUAUGAAACGGCUAUCACGAACGGGAUGCCUACGGUUGUGGAGUUCUAUGCUGAUUGGUGUGAAGUCUGCAGAGAACUAGCUCCAGAUGUGUACAAAGUUGAGCAGCAGUACAAGGAUCGUGUAAAUUUUGUUAUGUUGAAUGUGGAUAACACUAAAUGGGAACAGGAGCUAGACGAGUUUGGGGUUGAGGGUAUUCCCCAUUUUGCAUUUUUGGAUAGAAAUGGAAAUGAAGAGGGCAAUGUUGUGGGAAAGCUACCAAGACAAUAUUUGGUUGACAAUGUUGAUGCUCUUGCUAAAGGGGAAGCUUCAAUACCCCAUGCUAGGGCUGUAGGACAGUUCUCUAGUGCUGAAGCAAGGAAGGUGCAUCGAAUUGCUGAUCCUAGAAGCCAUGGUUAAACGGAAUACUAGCCUUAGGCAUUCCUGUUGCGGGUGAUUACAUGUAUAAAGGUUGAUGAUCGAUUCUUUGGGAAUUCAGCUGCUGAUUGUAGUUUGCUGGCCUUGGAGGAUACAUGCCAUGUGUUUCAUCUCGAUAUUGUGCUUUCUCAAUGAGAUCUGGUCCCAUGUUGUAAUUACAUAUACUCACUUGGGAGAUAUUCUUUCUGUUGUGACUCCUCUCGAGCAUUAAUAUACAUGAGAGAAGUCUUGGUGGUACCUUAGUAAUUGUUAUUAACAUCUGUUGUUUACAUACAUGCAAAAGUGUACAAGAAACUAAAAUUAUUUGCUUUGAAUUUUAUUUUUUUCUUGAACUAAAGACAUCAAGUUGUUACUAUAGUUUUUUUUUUU